CCGGCGCCGCUUCAGUGGAUGAUCGCUAAAAAGCAAGCCUCAGCUUCACCUGCGUAUCUGCCAUUCUGGAGUAGCUAAGGUUCUACAGUGCCCCUGCUGUGGUUCCUAAGAUGGUGGUGGACACGUUUCCCUUUUUAGAGGUCUUCAUGCCUUUCGUUGGGUUCGGCAUCGUGGUGCUGUGCUGCACCCCCCUCUGCAGGGCAUGCCACAGCUUCCAGGAGAGCCGGCACGAGCGCGUCGACUCCCCCUCCGUCUAUAUCAUCCCCUUCCCCGCGGAGGAGAGAGCGCACAGCCCGCCCCGCUACAGCACCGCCGUCUUCGCCAGCCCCGCGCCGCCGCCGUACGCGGAGGUGGAGAUGAAGCCGGAGCUUUUCCCUCACCCUGAGGACGUCCCACCCCCGUACACAGAAGUGGACCUCCCGUUGCCCUCCACGGCCCCUCUGCCUCCGACAGCACCCCCGCAGCCCCGCUCGAUAUCACUCUGACGCAUGGCUGCGCACAGACAGCGCGCGGCCACAGGAGCUGCGAUAGCCAGGAAGACAACCGCCCGCGAGAAUACACGGACAACUUCUCUGCACAGAACAGAGGCUUCAGAACUACGGAGGGCUCCUUUCACUAGCGGAUCUUGUUACAGGGAACCUUAACGUGAAAAUGGCACCUUCAAUAUAAAUGGACUUAAUUUGCAACGAGGAGAGGAGGAUGACUGUAAUAUCUAGUACCUGUUCUUAGGUACCAUCCAAGUGUAUGUUGUGUAAAUAUGUUCUUCCGUAAAGUUUGAUAAAAAUGUAUUACAGUCGUUGUACAGUUUACGACAGGUUUUCCCGCGCACGUCAAUGGAAAAUACGAGCGUGUGACUGACAAUCAGAAUAAAUGUUGCUUUGUUUAUUUGUAACGA